CCAUUAAUGCCCGCAUAAAAGAAUUCACAUAAUAUUUACAAAAGAUUUUGAGUAUUUCAACCCCCAAACUCUUUUAACAUUCAUCAUAACCACAUGGGCAAGAAGAAGAUGAAGCUCCCUUUUCUCUUCAAGAGCAACAGCAUACAAGCAAGUUCCUCAUGGCCAUGGCCUCCCUGUCAGCAGCCAAGAACCCUCUCUUUCAGAGCUGAUGAAACACCAUCUGAGCCCGGGGAUGAUCCGGUUGAGACCGUCAUUCAAGGUUUAGUAAGGUCCGAGAGGCUGUUUUUCGAGCCUGGAGAGACCAGUUCAAUCCUUCAAGAAGCAAAGCCGAUCACGAGUGAUGAGAUUUUGCCUUUAAAAAAGAGUGUGGUGUUGUCAAUGGAGUCUCGAGAUCCCUUUGCUGAUUUCAGGAACUCCAUGGAAGAAAUGGUGGAAGCUAACGGAUUGAAGGGUUGGGAAAAGCUUGAAGAGCUUUUAUGUUGGUAUUUGAAAGCUAAUGGGAAAGCCAUCCAUGGCUGCAUCGUUGCUGCCUUUGUUGAUUUGCUUGUGGAACUAGCCUCGAUUAAUUCUUCCACUGACAAUGAUUGUAUUCGUUCCCGCUCCCCUUCUUCUCCUUUAUCUUUCUGUACUUCAGCGUCCUCGUCUUCCUCUUCGUGUUCAUCAUCAUCAUCUAGUUCUUCAGCCACAACACCUUGUGUGUCUUCGUUAUCAGAUCAGAAGAUCACUGAAGAUGAUAAAGAUGAUGAUGUGUCUUCAUCUUUAUCACACAGUGUUUGA